AUGUUUGACACAUUUACGAGGCGGCUGCUGGCAUCUCAGAGCCCAAGUUCAUCUCAAAGUAUUUGUCUCCAGACGCUUUAAUUUACCACAAUAACAGCUAAAAAGAAAAUGAGUGUGUGCAGGUAAAAACUUGAGCACGCAGGCAUGUGUGUCAACAUGUAUAAAUACAGGCAAACUCCCAGCCGCCGCUGGCUAACGAAGGCUGACAACUGCAUUGGGGUUUGACCGGGAUGUCGCUGCAGCCGAUGUGACAACUGGACAGCCAGCCAGGCAGCCUCUGCCUACAAAUACACACGCAAACAAGUGUGAGCAUCGUCCUGAUUUCUGAUAUGAAGCGUAAAUAUUCUCAUCAGCAUGUAAUCCAUAAACACAGGUAGUUACCGCUGAGCUGAGGUGAUGUGUGCAGAUGUUGAACCAUCACAGAGAACAUCAGGAUGAGAUAGUGUUAAUGUUAUUUUUUUUCAUUGUUUGUCUUUCAGUGGCUGAGGAGGGGCUUUGGGAGUGUGGACUGUCCUACGAGUGCAGAACCCUCCUGUUCAAGGCCAUACACAACCUGCUGGAAAGAUGCUUGAUGGACAAAGGAUUUGUGAGAAUCGGAAAAUGGUUCUUCAAGCCACACGAGCUGGAAAGCAAGUCUCUGGGCAGCAGUGAGCACCUAUCAUGUUCUUUCUCCUUCUUCCUCCACGGGGAGAGCAAUGUGUGCACAAGCGUCGAGAUCGCCCAGCACCAGCCUGCAUACCACAUCACAGAGCACCACAUCCGACUCGCACAGACCUCCACCACGCCGGUGCAGGUGGUACUGAGUCCAUACGGUCUGAGCGGUACCCUAACGGGUCAGACCUACAAGAUGAGUGACCCGGCAGCACGAAAGCUGAUGGAGGAGUGGAGCUACUUCUAUCCCAUGGUGCUUCAGCAGAAGGAGGGUGGUGGUGAGAAAGAACAGAGAGAAGAAGCAUGCCAGGCCUAUGAUCGCAGCUCUCAUGUGGCAGUGGACGUCAUUGUUGGUGGAGUAAGGAUGACCUACCCAGCUGCUUUUGUGCUGAUUGCUCAGGGGGACCUACCAGUGGAACAGCCUCCACCUGUUCCUACAGCUCCGGGCCUCAACAAGGAGCUGAACAACUGCAGCGUGCCGCUGACGCCGCCAACAUCACCAGAACAGACCUGCUCUGCAGACAGCGGCUUUGUGACCUCAACCUCUCAUGUCCCUACGCCAGACAGCAGCAUGGGGAUCACAAGCAUCAGUCCAAAGCAUUCUGGGAAGAAACUGACCCACCAGAUGGUCCAUCAGGCCUGGAAGGAGUGCUAUCUAAACCAUUCUCAGCUCAUACCAAACCAGACAACUGAAGGGACGCAGAAAAAGGAAGUGCCAAAUGGCGUUGCCACGUGGAACUUUAAUGAUCUGGGAGAUCGAGCACCCUGCAGCUGCCCCAGGUUAAAGCAGCAGAAGCCCAACAUGUUUACCGCGUCCACUGCCAACCCUCAGACUUGUGCCAGCUCUGUGCUGUCUUCUGGCCCCUCAUUACACCCCACCUCCUCCCUGCCCAAACAUAAGACAAGUGACAAGGCAGAAAAGGCUGACAAACAGACCAAGAGGCCGGCUGUGAUUCCCUUCCAUCACCGUCUACCGGUCAUGCCAGAGACCCCCUUGGAACAGGACCCUCCCGGUGGGCCUCAUCUCAGCAGUCUUGCAGCACUCGAGUCACCGGUGGAGCCGUUGGCAUCUCUGCCAAGCUGCAAGUACUCUAAGCCCCUCUCCAAUGGCAGAAAACCCCCCGAGUCUCUUCUCCAUUCACCCAUGUCUCCACUUCCACCCACUCUCAGCCCACAUCCUCGGAUACAGGACCCAGAGGUUCUGGAUGGCCCUGUGGACAUGCCCAUGUGUCCAGAUGGGGCUUCGGGGUUAGGGGUGAUUACCAGUGAGACUGCCAUGUACACUACAAUGCUGAGGCAGAGGGAGAAUGGGGUUGGCUGGUGGAGAGGCUUCAGGACUCCCAGGACAACAAAGAUUGACUUCAGACCUCCUGAACUCCCGACAGAUAAACUGGAGGAAAUGAGAACAGAGACAACUGCUGAGGGAGGUUCCUUCAAGAGACUGUACACUCAAACUCACAAGAGAUUUAAAAUCUCUGAAGAGAGGGUGAAGGAACACAUCCACACACUGGGAUUGUUCGAGCAGCCGGUUGUAGAGGCGCUACGAGAACGCGGCGAGGAUCCUUACGACUUCAAGGAGGGAGACAUCGAGUACCCUUUUCCAUCUUCCAAGAGAGGAAAGGGUUCAAACAGAGAGCCCAGUAAGAAGGCCAAGGGAGAGGAAAUCACCAGCAAUGGUGCGGUGCCUGAUGGAAACGAUGCUAUGUCUAUUUUUAACUCGGCUCCAAAAUCAGAUGAUUUGUGUCAGGACGACGCUGCUGCUAAAACCAACCCUUCUCUGACCAGAAAGGAAGAUCUGGAGGUCAACAUCUCUGAUCUAGACAACAUGUUUGAUGUAGAUGAGGACUUGGGGCCCACAAAGCUACUAGUAUCAACGGAGGAUCGUCUUCUUGGGAAAGAUGCGAGAGCUAGUGUACCUUAUCCAUCAACAGUAGCAGAUCUCCAGCGGAUGUUCCCCACCCCUCCUUCUCUAGAGCAGCACCCAGCUUCCUCUCCCAUCACCCCAUAUCGUGACACCCCAAGUCAAGAGCCCCCUCCACCCAGCAUGGUGGCUGACCACCUACCCUCACUGGCCUCUGCUCAUCUCGCUGACAACAGUAUGGAGACAGAGGAGAGUGCAGCUAGUCCCAGACAGGAUGACAUCAAGCCACAGAUAGGCUCCUCCAUGUUUGCUCCACUGCCGUGUCUUCCCAGCCAGAAUCUACCGCCACUCAAAAUUCCAGAUCAAUGUUUCUAUCGUCCAUCUUGGGCUCUCCUGCCCAAAAUGGAGCAUUUCACCACCAUAAUGCAUCCCCAGAACACUGCUUUCACCAAGGAUGGAUACGCGAACGUUCCCAGUGUCAGCACCCUCACAGACCAGGAGUAUGGUCAGAUGAGUGCCACCACUGCUUCUGUGAGCACCACGACGGGCAUCCUACCAUCUCCUGCUACUCCACGUUUCUCUGUGCCCACUCCACGGACUCCACGCACGCCCAGAGGCAUCAAUACCGCAGGUUCAGGACAGGGUUCAGUGAAGCAGGAUGGUACUGAGCUCAGCUCACCAGUCUCCACCCCAUCUACCAGCCUGCCUCUGAGCUCUGUGGAUCCCUUGACUCGGCCAGGGCCGUCUCUGCCUGAGGCCCACAGCCUGUACGUUAUCCUUCUGCUCUCAGACUCCGUCCUUAGCGUCUUUAAGGAUCGCAACUUUGACAGCUGCUGCAUCUGUGCAUGCAACCUGAAUGUCAAAGGAGCCGAUGUAGGGGUGUACAUCCCAGAUUCCACUUGUGAAGACCAGUACCGCUGCAUGUGUGGCUUCAGUGCCAUUGUGAACAGGCGGCUGGCUCAAGGCACAGGUCUCUUCCUGGAAGACGAGCUGGAUAUAUUUGGUCGAACUUCUGAAGUCGGUAGAGCAGCUGAGCGAAGACUUGCUCUUUGCCACCGUGACCCAACCAUGGUGGUGUCCAGGACCAAGCAGCUGCAGGAUGCAGGCCCAGCCUCCCCGCCGGUCAUGAUUGUUUUGCAGGAACAAUGCUCCCAGCCUAUCUCCUCCCUAGCGUCACUCCAUCUUCCCCUGAAUGCUUCCAGUAAUGGCCGCAAGGGGGCACUCCUUCAAAGCUGGAUGUCUGAGAAGCAGUGGGCAGAUGGGAGCGAUGCUUGCGUGGACUGUUUCAAUGCUUUGGAUCAGGGGCUGCAGUAUGUGGACAACCCCACUGGAGGGAAAGUGGAUCUGGCUGUUGUCAGAAGUAGUGCUCUUCAUUCCUGGCCUCACACUAAUGUGGUGGACAUGAGCAGGUUGUCGUCCCAGGAUAUGGUCCGCAUGCUGCUGUCUUUGCAGCCUUUCCUGCAGGAUGCCAUCCAGAAAAAGAGGACAGGACGAACCUGGGACAACAUCCAGCACGUCCAGGGUCCACUCACUUGGCAGCAGUUUCACAAGAUGGCUGGACGAGGCUCUUACGGUUCUGAGGAGUCGCCAGAGCCCCUGCCUAUUCCGACAGUAUUACUUGGCUAUGACAGAGAGCGGGACUUCUUGGCAUUGUCCCCACUAGCGUUGCCUUUCUGGGAGAAACUGCUGCUGGAACCUUAUGGAGGCCAGCGAGAUGCAGCCUAUUUAGUGGUGUGUCCCAAUAGCCCCACCCUACUCUCUGCAGCUCGGUCCUUCUUCCUGGAGCUCAGUACAGUUUAUGAGACGUGUCGUCUUGGAAAGCACCGUCCGCUGUCCAAGGUGUCCCGAGAUGGAUUAGUGCAUGUUGGGGAGGACGUGGAGCCAGAAAAGCUGGAGGAGCUGAAUGUGGAUCAGUGGAUGAGUGGACCGUGGGUUGGACAGCAGCACACCGACAACCUCGGCAAACUUAAACUCUAUGCUUAUGCCUUUAAACAGCAGUUAGGUCCUCAGUUGUCCACUCUGAGUCUGGACGGCAGUCUUUUGUUGCCUCCUAAAGCCCAGCCUCCCUUAACCACGCCCCCAUCGGGGCAGCCCCCAGCUGUAGAAGGAGAACAAACAUCAGGUGCGACAAAUACAGGAAAUGAUUUAACCCCGAGUGGAGCUGCCUCAGGCCAGGUGGGGGAGGCAACCCAAGGGGGGUCCAGCGACUCGAAAGGUCUCCCUAGUUCCACACCCCCACCCAGUGCACCAGCAGAAAACACUGACGUCUCCUCGGAGCAGUCUAGAAUUGGCGUUCCUACCUUGGCCGACUCGGCGGAUGGACUUGCGAACCCACCAGCAAUUGUAAUUUACAUCGUAGAUGCUUUCGUCACCCCGUCUAAAAUGAGAAAUGAAGGAGAGGAGGAGGAGGGAGAAGAGGUUGAGUCGGGCAGCGUUUGGCUUCUUGGGCUUCUUCGCUGCUACACUGAGAUGUUGCAGCAUUUGCCGGAGAAAUUGAGGCCUGCACUGGUGCUGCAGGUGGUACCGUGCCAGUAUCUGCUCCAGCCAGCCAGUGGAGAAAACCACUUGUAUCUGCAGCAUCUGCGCUCCCUGGCUUUCUCGUGUUAUUCCCAGUGCAGACGGCUGCUACCCCAGAAAACACAUAUCAAGUCCCUCACCGGGUUUGGGCCAGUAUCUACUGUCAGUUCUGCACUAAAGAGUCCAGAGUACCCCAGCCCACUGCAGCUGUACUCUCCGCCAUUUAUCCUCGGCCCGACUCGCUCCAAGCAGCCAGAGCCGGGGGAGAUUUGGGCUGAACUCCCACCCAAAUACAACGUGCUCUUUGUGGGAUACUGCCUGUCACAUGACCAGCGCUGGAUCCUGGUGUCUUGCACUGACCAGCAGGGGGAGCUCUUGGAAACCUGCAUUAUCAACAUUGAUGUACCCAACAGAGCAAGGCGCCCCAAAGUAUCCGCCAGGAAAAUGGGACUACAGAAAAUGUGGGAGUGGUGUAUUGGCAUCAUUCAGAUGACAUCACUGCCGUGGAGGAUUGUCAUUGGUCGGUUAGGCAGACUGGGCCACGGGGAGCUGAAAGACUGGAGCUCUCUCCUCGGGGAGCACUCCCUCCAUUCAAUUGGACGUCAGCUGAGGGAGGCUUGUCGUAUGUGUGGGUUCUCAGCUGCCGACUCUCCCUCCAUCCUCAGUGCCUGCCUCGUAGCCAUGGAGCCUCAAGGCUCCUUAGUGGUCAUGCCAGAUGCAGUAACCAUGGGCUCUGUGUUUGGACGCAGCACUGCUCUGAACCUGCAGACGUCGCAGCUGAACACACCUCAGGAUGCUUCUUGCACACACAUCCUGGUCUUUCCGACGUCUGCCACAACCCAGUUGGCACCAAGCUCCUAUCCCACAGAGGACAACAAUGAUGACAUGUUUGAUCUCCCGUUUCCUGACGAACUGGAGAAUGACAUCGGCCAUGACAUGAUGUUGAUCACAGGAAACCUUCACCCCUCCCCCAACACUUCUCCUGUGCCCUCACCCGGGUCACCGUCUGGAAUGGGAAUGGGGUCACAUUUCCACCACGCCAGGAGUCAGGGAGAGCGCUUGCUCUCCAGGGACAACCCCCCUGAGGAGCUGAAACAGCAGCCACUGGCUCUGGGCUACUACGUCUCCACCGCCCAAGCCAACAGACUUCCUCACUGGUUCUGGGCCUCCUGCCCACAAGCUGAGAACCAGUGCCCACUCUUCCUCAAGGCGUCUCUCCACCAUCACAUCUCCAUCACACAGUCGGAUGAGAUCACAUCUGACAAGACUAAAAGGACCCCUCAUCCCUUAGACUCUAAAACCACCUCUGAUGUGUUACGGUUUGUACUGGAGCAGUAUAACGCCCUCUCCUGGCUGACGUGUACACCUGCCACACAGGAUCGCCAGUCCUGCCUGCCUGUUCACCUGGCGGUUCUGAUCCAGAUGUACAACGCCAUCCUGAACACACUUUAGCUCCACGAACACACACGUGUUGUUGUUCCUCGUUUUGACCACCAGAGAGCACCAGAGGUCUUCUGAUGAACUUCAUGGCCAAGAACUGGGCAAAUCAAACUCAUAAAGGAUCAAAAUUGUGGCGCUGGACCUCUGUUGCUCUGUGACGACCCCGUUUGAUGUAAAACUGCCUUUCAUUGUGCAUGUGACAAGAAAUCAGAAGGAUUCAGCAAUGGCGCAAUCUCCCAGUGGAAGAAUCUGAGGAGGCUAACACAAACAGACGUUUUUAUUGGAUUCUUCUGCUACAAGGAGAGGCGUCUAACCAGCAAAUCGGCAUGACAACACAAAUACACAGCUUUAUUACAUCAAAGACGUUUCUAUGGCUCUGUAUAGAACUGCACUAGCGAGUUCUCGGCACUCGCAGCUGGAUGAUGAACCCUUGGUUUUUUUUCUUAAAGUUGGAGCAUUUGGUUUUGGCACUUGUCUCCUCACCUUCCAAAGUGUUUCACAUAUAAACACAAUGGAAAUUUGACCAGGAAAGAUGUGUUAUUUAUAAUGUAAGGCAUACAUUCAUAAAGAAUUGAGACUUAUUUUUAAUAUUUAAAAUCAUUACAAAAAAAAGUCUUUUUUUCCCAGCUGCCUGUUAAUCGUUCUGGGAUCUAAAAUAAAAUUUGUCAAUUUAAUGCAAUUGUAAAAAUGCCAUAUUUAUACAGAUUAUAUCAUGUCUUAGAAUUUGAUAUAUAUAUAUAUAUGAAUAUAAAUAUAUAUAUAUAUAUAAAUAUAUAUAGAUAGAUAGAUAUAAAUGUAUAUACAUAAAUAUGUAUUACCUCUUCCAAACAGGCACUUAUUGAUGAUGAUUUUUUUUGGGGGGGGGCACAGCCGACUCAAAGUAGGAUGCUUUUUUUUCUAUACAUGCAGACAUUUUUACUUUUUUAUUUAAAAGUUUAAGUUUAAUUUAACUUGAUGCAGGAGAUAUGGUAUACUGUACAUUUAUGAAGUAUUCGUUUUCUGCCCAAAUGAACAUGAAUUAAACUAAAAAAUAUGGCAUUUCAAUGUUUAAAAUGAUGCUUUCGUUUAUUGGAUUCCAUAAAUGAUGUCAAGCAAAGCAUCAGAAAGAGCCUGUUUUUAUGUUUGUUUGUUUUGUUACAGCCUCCCUAAGUCGGCGCUUUGUUAGCAUGUCUGUAUAUACACUUUGGAGGUGUAUUUCAUUAUUAUUUUUAUUAUUUGGAGGGUGUUUAUCUGAGCUGUAUAUUUCAUGCUGAUUGGGUUAUUUUAAAACAUUUGUUUUAUUGUUGAUUAUUUCUUUUUAUUUUAAUACCCAGCAUACAAUCCAACACUCAUUUCAUUUCAGCCAAGAAGUUCAAUUGCCAAGUACGUGUACAGAAAUGUACAGACAAGAGCAAAAAUUUGUUACGUCUGUUAUCACUUUGAAUAUAAAACAGAUCACUUUUGCUAAAAGUGAUCUGUUACUUUUACACUCUUUUUUUAGUAAAUUAUUAAAAUUCUUGAGAAUGAA